CCAAAAUUAUGGCCACAAAAUAACACCGAUUUCCCUCCACUUUAGCUUACCCAAACCCAAAGUCGGCAUCGGCAAAUUUAGGGGAGUAUCGACUUCUCCUCUCCCUUCCAUCGUCAUCCAUGGCUUCUCUGUUAGCUAAUGGAAUUUCACGGUUUCCUCCCCAGCCCACUAGGGAAUUAUCAAAAGAUAUAAUCCCAAAGCUUCAGAGCCCCAGAAUCGCUAACUUGAAGAUUCCCAAGUCGAAGCCCUUCACAGUCCGAGCAGAUGUCGGGUACGGUCCCAAAACCGCGAAUUCGGGUCCAAUUACUCCAGGUAAGCCCUCGCCCUCAGCUCCCAGUACCGAUGAGAAAAUUCAGGAUAUUCUUCGUAACCGCGAUUACGAUAAGAAAUUUGGAUUUACUAUGGAUAUCGAUUCAUUUUCGAUUCCGAAGGGACUUUCCAAGGAAACAAUUCGAUUGAUUUCCUCGCUCAAAGAAGAACCUGAUUGGAUGCUGGAGUUUCGGUUGAAUGCUUUCGAGAAGUUCCUAAAGAUGAAAGAACCUGCGUGGUCUGAUAAUCGAUACCCUCCAAUUGAUUUUCAAGAUAUAUGUUAUUAUUCCGCCCCUAAGAAGAAACCCACUUUGAAUAGCCUUGAGGAGGCGGACCCAGAGCUGCUUAUGUAUUUUGAUAGGCUCGGGGUUCCUUUAAAUGAACGAAACCGUCUAGCUAAUGUUGCCGUUGAUGCUGUUCUAGAUAGUGUUUCAAUUGCUACUACUCAUAGGAAGACGCUAGAGAAGGCAGGUGUGAUUUUCUGUUCGAUAUCAGAGGCAAUUAGGGAAUACCCUGAUUUAGUUAGAAAGUACUUGGGGAGAGUUGUGCCUAGCGAGGACAACUUUUAUGCUUCAUUGAACUCAGCGGUGUUUAGUGAUGGAUCAUUUUGUUAUAUACCCAAGGACACUAAGUGCCCGAUGCAGAUUUCGACUUAUUUCCGAAUAAAUGCCUUGGAAACUGGACAAUUUGAGAGAACUUUGAUUGUUGCUGAUGACAGAAGUUUUGUCGAGUAUUUGGAGGGAUGUACGGCCCCUUCCUAUGAUAGGAACCAGCUUCACGCCGCAGUGGUUGAAUUGUAUUGUGCUGAAGGUGCAGAGAUUAAGUACUCCACAGUUCAGAAUUGGUAUGCUGGCGAUGAAGAAGGAAAGGGGGGGAUCUAUAACUUUGUUACGAAGCGUGGCCUUUGUGCGGGCGCUCGUUCUAAGAUAUCUUGGACACAAGUAGAAACAGGUUCUGCGAUUACUUGGAAGUAUCCUAGUGUUGUUUUGGAGGGAGAUGAUACUGUUGGGGAGUUCUAUUCGGUAGCACUGACGAAUAAUUAUCAACAGGCUGAUACGGGUACAAAGAUGAUACAUAAAGGAAAGAACACAAGAAGUAGGAUUAUUUCAAAAGGUAUUUCUGCUGGCAACUCAAGGAACUGUUAUAGGGGCCUUGUCCAGGUUCAAUCCAAAGCAGACAAUGCCAAGAACUCAUCACAAUGUGAUUCAAUGCUCAUCGGUGAUAAGGCUGCUGCCAACACUUAUCCAUACAUCCAGGUGAAGAAUCCCACAGCUCGCAUUGAACACGAAGCCAGUACCUCCAAGAUUGGCGAAGAUCAGUUGUUCUAUUUUCAGCAGAGAGGAAUAGACUAUGAGAAGGCCAUGGCUGCCAUGAUAUCGGGAUUCUGCCGCGAUGUCUUCAACGAGCUCCCUGAUGAGUUUGGAGCCGAGGUGAACCAACUCAUGAGCUUGAAGCUUGAAGGAUCAGUGGGUUAGGUGGCAUCUAAGAAAUAUCUGAAAGGUUCAAUAAUCUUGAGAAGCUUUAGAUAUCAGGUUGAACAAGCCUGCAUCUCUUCCUGCUUGGACUAUAUACUUGUGCCUGUAAGGACAUGAGCAGAAUGUAAAUAGUUUUGAAUGUUCAAUCAACUUGUAGUAGGGCAUCUAUUAGCAACAGAUUGAGGUCUCGCUGACAGACUUGCUGUUCAUAUAUAUAAAAUUUUCACGUAUUAUUACUCA